AUUGGCCGGGGCCUCCCGCCCCUCGCACUCCCAUUGGCCGAGCUCUUUCCGGGAGUCGGUGCCGACCAUCGAGCAGGCCCGGGCUCCUCCUCGGCCUCCGGUGGAUCAGGUCAGUGUCUGGCUCGCAUCGGACCCACCUCGUCAGGACAGCGGACCCAUCUCGGCGACGGGUCGGCUGGCUCUCCAGUCCCGCUCGCUUCACCACCGGCAUCGACGUGGCCCCGAGGACCCGGGUGGUGCCCAGCCCUGGAGGGUGGCAGCUUGAGGCCGGGUUGGGGUUCUGCGUCCCCGCCCUCACGGUGGACACCCCGAAAAGGGUAGAGAGGGAGAUUCCUUCUGGCUCCCCAAGAGGAAAGAGCAUAAGGGGAGAGUGGGGGGGGGGUAAGUGGAGGCAUCGGUUUUGACGUAAUCAGGACAAACGGGGCAGCAUGUGAGACCUGUCUCAGGGGUAGGGGUGGGUAAAUCAGAAACCUGUUUCGGGGCAUUUGAAGGGUUGAGACCCCGCCCUCCCUGAGGGGAGUUCGGGGGGGCCAUUCACAAUGCCCCUCCGUGACCUGCUGGGCCGCCCCUGGCUCCAGCUGGCCCUUCUCUACUUGCUGGUGCUGGGCGUGGGCCUGCCCCUCUUUGGGGCAGACCGGCGCUUCUCCCGCUACUACCAGGGUGGGGCAGAGGGCCUGCGGAGGCUGACGGACCGGGCCCUGGCCGAGAGCCUGGAGCGGGCAGAGGAGGCCGAGCAAUACUUCCAGCAGCCCUGGCGGGAGGAGGAGGAGGACUGGGGCGAGGGGGCCCCGGAGCUGGCUCUGGCCAUCGUCACCACGGCCCGCCGGCAGGGCGCGGACCACCGCUACUUCCUGCAGGUUGCCGCCGCCUACCACCGCCUGCUGCGCCUCUGCCCCUGGUGCGGCCGGGCCCGGCUCUUCGCCUGCAACGUCCACCACCCGCCCGAGGGGCACGCCCUCCCCCAGCGGGCCCGGGGGCUGAUCCCAGAGGUGCGCCGCUUCGGGGAGGCGGGGUCGCCCCUGGCGCCCGAGGACGACACCUUCGAGAAGGAGAAGGCCGACUACCUCUUCUGCCUGGGCCGGGCGCUGGCCGGGGGGGCCCGCCACGUGCUGCUGGCCGAGGACGACGCCCUGCCCCACCCCGACCUCUUCCUGGUGCUGGGGGACGUGCUGGGCCGCCGGCUGAGGUGGCGCCGGCCCCUCUACGUCAAGCUCUACCACCCCGAGAGGCUGCAGGGCUACCUGCACCCCGAGCCGGCCCGGCUAGUCGAGUGGGCCGGCCUGGGGGCCGUCGGGGGCUCCCUCCUGCGCUGGCUGCUCCCCGCCCCGGCCGCCCGGCGCUCCCGGUGCGCCCUGGCCGCGCUGGCAGCGCUGUGCAUGCUGGCGGCGGAGUUGUGCGGCCGGGUCUACCUUCUGGAGCUGCGCCGCCUGGCCCCCCAGCUCUAUGCCCUGGCCCCGGCCUCCCACUGCUGCACGCCAGCCAUGGCCUUCACGGCGGAGGGGGCCCGCCGGGCCAUGGCGUACCUGGGCCAGCGCCGGUGCCGCAGGGGCUACGCCAAGGACACGGCCUUGUACGAGGCAGCCCGCGAGCACGGUGAGGAGACUUACGUGGUCGAGCCUAACCUGGUCACGCACAUCGGACUGUACUCGACCCUGCGGGGGUACAUUGCACGCCCCAGUCUCUGAGGGGGGCCACUGCACUCUGUGUCUGUCCCCAGGAGCGUGUGACGGGUCGGAACAGAGGGAGCACUCUGUGUCUGACCCCGGGAGUGUGUGAUGGGACGGUGUGGAGGGAGAUUCACUCUGUGUCUGACCCCGGGAGUGUGUGAUGGGACGGUGUGGAGGGAGAUUCGUUCUGUGUCUGACCCCAGGAGUGUGUGUUGGGAUGGUGUAGAGGGAGAUUCGUUCUGUGUCUGUCCCCAGGAGUGUGUGAUGGGAUGGUGUGGAGGGAGAUUCGUUCUGUGUCUGACCCCAGGAGUGUGUGAUGGGACUGUGUGGAGGGAGAUUCACUCUGUGUCUGAUCCCGGGAGUGUGUGAUGGGACGGUGUGGAGGGAGAUUCACUCUGUGUCUGACCCCAGGAGUGUGUGAUGGGAUGGUGUGGAGGGAGAUCCGUACUGUGUCUGACCCCAGGAGUGUGUGUUGGGAUGGUGUAGAGGGAGAUUCGUUCUGUGUCUGUCCCCAGGAGCGUGUGACGGGUCGGAACAGAGGGAGCACUCUGUCUAACCCCAGUAGUGUGUGAUGGGACGGUGUGGAGGGAGAUUCGUUCUGUGUCUGACCCCAGGAGUGUGUGAUGGGACAUUGCAGAGGGAGAGUCACUCUGUGCCUGACCCCGGGAGUGUGUGAUGGGACGUUGUGGGGGGGAUUCACUCUGUGUCUAACCCCAGUAGUGUGUGAUGGGACGGUGUGGAGGGAGAUUCGUUCUGUGUCUGACCCCGGGAGUGUGUGAUGGGACAUUGCAGAGGGAGAUUCACUCUGUGCCUGACCCCGGGAGUGUGUGAUGGGACGGUGUGGAGGGAGAUUCACUCUGUGUCUAACCCCGGGAGUGUGUGAUGUGACCGUGCGGAGGGAGAUUCACUCUGUGCCUGACCCCGGGAGUGUGUGAUGGGACGGUGUGGAGGGAGAUUCACUCUGUGUCUGACCCCGGGAGUGUGUGAUGGGACAUUGCAGAGGGAGAUUCACUCUGUGCCUGACCCCGGGAGUGUGUGAUGGGACAUUGCAGAGGGAGAUUCACUCUGUGUCUUACCCUGGGAGUGUGAGAUGGGACGGUGUGGAGGGAGAUUCACUCUGUGCCUGGCCCCGGGAGUGUGUGAUGGGACAUUGCAGAGGGAGAUUCACUCUGUGUCUUACCCUGGGAGUGUGAGAUGGGAUGGUGUGGAGGGAGAUUCACUCUGUGUCUGACCCCGGGAGUGUGUGAUGGGACAUUGCAGAGGGAGAUUCACUCUGUGUCUUACCCUGGGAGUGUGAGAUGGGAUGGUGUGGAGGGAGAUUCACUCUGUGCCUGACCCCGGGAGUGUGUGAUGGGACAUUGCAGAGGGAGAUUCACUCUGUGCCUGACCCCGGGAGUGUGUGAUGGGACAUUGCAGAGGGAGAUUCACUCUGUGUCUUACCCUGGGAGUGUGUGAUGGGACGGUGAGGAGGGAGAUUCACUCUGUGUCUUACCCUGGGAGUGUGUGAUGGGAUGGUGUGGAGGGAGAUUCACUCUGUGCCUGACCCCGGGAGUGUGUGAUGGGACAUUGCAGAGGGAGAUUCGCUCUGUGCCUGACCCCAGGAGUGUGUGAUGGGACAUUGCAGAGGGAGAUUCACUCCACUAAUGACACAGGUGCCUUGACUGAUCACAUGUAUAAGAGCUUGUUGGGAUCCCUUCUGCUCCUUGGGGAACUUGCAGCAGAAUUGAUGUUUCACACAAGUUAUGAAAUGCUAAUGUAAUUUGGGAUUGCGACAGAUUUAUCUGUGAAUAUCGCUGACUGCUGCAGCCUUAAUGUAAGCAAAAUUAAAUAUCUUGUCUCAAACA